GCAUGUUUACUGUCUGGAGCUACUACUGACUGACUCUUCCUGCUGGAACUCCUUUUCGUGACGUAUUCCUGGGAUUUAUUGAGAAACUUUGAUUCCAGGAGUUGAGGAGAAAUAGCUGGUUUUGAUAACAGGUUGUCACAUCUUGUCAGAAUGAGGUCCCUGGCCCUCGGCCUCUUCUUCCUGUUGUGCUGUAACGCAGUUCGACUGGACAGACGGCGUCCCAGACCCAUUGCGGCCAGAGGUCAAAAUGAGACUACUGUCCAAACCAAACCAGCGGAGAAACCUUGCAAAGCAAUCCCGCUGGAUUUCGUCUUUGUCAUCGACAGCUCCCGAAGCAUCCGCCCCAACGACUACGAGAAGGUGAAGACCUUCAUCAUCAACCUGCUGCAGUUCCUCGGGGUGGGCUCUGAUGCCACUCGGGUCGCUCUACUACAGUAUGGCAGCGUGGUCCAGCCCGAGUUCUCCCUCAACACCUACACCACCAGGGCUGAGGUGGAGCAGGCGGUGAGGAACAUGGAGCACCUCGCCACAGGAACAAUGACGGGUCUGGCCAUCCAGUAUACCAUGGAGACAGCCUUUACUGAGGAAGAGGGAGCACGACCAGCAGAACUGCUCAUCCCGCGAAUCGCUAUGGUUGUGACUGAUGGGCGGCCUCAAGACACGGUGGAGGAGAUCGCGGCUCAGGCAAGGCAUGCCGGCAUCCAGAUCUUUGCUGUCGGAGUGGGCAGGGUGGACAUGAACACUCUGAAGGCCAUAGGGAGCGAGCCACACUCUGAGCAUGUGCACCUGGUGGCCAACUUUAGCCAGAUAGAAACCCUCAUCUCUGUGUUCCAGUCCAAACUGUGUGGAGGUUCAGAGAUGUGUGAGGUGGUGGACCAUCAGUGCCAGCACAUCUGUGUGAGCAGCCCUGCCUCAUACAGGUGCAAGUGCAGGAAGGGCUUCACUCUCAACCCCGAUGGCAAGACAUGUAAAGAGAUUGAUCACUGUGCUGAUGGCACCCAUGGGUGUGAGCAGGAGUUUAUGAGCACAGAAGACACCUGUGUGUGUAAAUGCAGAAACAGCUACACACUCAGGCCUGAUGGAAAAACAUGCAAGAAGAUAGACCAUUGCGCUGACGGGAAGCACGGCUGUGAACAGGAGUUUAUGAACACAGAAGACGCCUGUGUGUGUAAAUGCAGGAAAGGCUACACACUCAGACCUGAUGGGAAAACAUGCAAGAAGAUAGACCAUUGCGCUGACGGGAAGCACGGCUGUGAACAGGAGUUUAUGAACACAGAAGAUGCCUGUGUGUGUAAAUGCAGGAAAGGCUACACACUCAGACCUGAUGGGAAAACAUGCAAGAAGAUAGACCAUUGUGCUGAUGGUAAACAUGGCUGUGAGCAGGAGUUUCUGAAUACAGAAGAUUCAUGUGUGUGUAAAUGCAGGAAUGGAUUCACACUCCGACCCGAUGGAAAAACAUGUCAGAAGCCAGAGUGUGGCGAUGGAGUCAUGGAUCUGGUUUUCGUAAUUGAUGGCUCCAAGAGUCUGGGCCCUGCCAACUUUGAACUGGUCAAGCAGUUUGUAAACGGCAUUGUGGACUCACUGGACAUUUCCAGGACAGGCACCCAUGUUGGCCUUCUUCAAUACUCCACCAAGGUGCGCACAGAGUUCACCCUAGGCCAGUACACCACGGCGCAGAACAUCAAGCAGGCUGUGUCCCGGAUGCAGUACAUGGGGAGAGGCUCCAUGACUGGCUCAGCCUUACGUCACAUGUUUGAGCUCAGCUUUUCAGCUAAAGAAGGAGCCAGGCCGAACAUCCCACGUUUCAGCAUUGUGUUCACUGAUGGAAGAUCACAGGAUGACGUGUCCGAAUGGGCUAAUAAAGCAAAGAACUCUGGGGUCACAUUAUAUGCCUUGGGUGUCGGCAAAGCCAUUGAACAGGAGCUGAGAGAAAUAGCUUCAGAGCCUGAUGAGAAGCACCUUUAUUACGCAGAAGAUUUUGACAAAAUGGGAGAAAUUACGAUGAAGCUCAAGUCCAGGAUAUGUAAAGACAAACCGUCCGAUGAAAACAUGUGCCAGUGUGAGAACGUGAUAAUGUUUCAAAACCAGGUCACCAAGAAGCUGACGAACCUGAUGCAGAAUAUUGAAGCCAUGUCGAAGAAGCUGGAGUCACUUGAGAAUCAAGUUGUGCGCAAAUGAAAGGCUGAGACUCAUCCCCCUCCCCCCGAACCUGCAGUGUAGCAUUCAUCUUUAAUCCUGUUCUACAAGCUACACAUGCAAUGCUUUCUACUGAAGCUAUUUUUACACAUUUUGUAUACAACAGUGGCUUUGUGUCUGUAAUG